CAACGCCACACGCGUUUUUACAACGUUCACGCCAUUUUCCCUUGUGGAAGGCGCUUAGAAUAUUGGGACGAAACAACAACUGAAGCAUAGAGAGUCCCUGACCAAAGACAGGGAACCAACAUGGCGUUCCCAUACAUGAUAGGGCCUGGGGGUCAACCCUUCAUCAUUCAGCAGAUACCAAUGAUCCCCCAGCCAGUAUUACAGACACAGCCUCAACAGAUGCCCCCUCCUGUGGCUCCUCCCCCUCAGCAGCCUAAAGUGCCUGACUAUAUGUCAGAGGACCGCUUACAGGAGAAAGCUCGUAAGUGGCAACAACUGCAGUCCAAGCGCUACAGUGAAAAGAGGAAAUUUGGAUUCAUUGAUGCACAAAAGGAAGACACGCCAGCGGAAAUUGUCCGAAAAAUUAUCCGAGACCAUGGUGACAUGACUAACAGAAAGUUCCGACAUGACAAGAGAGUUUAUCUUGGAGCUCUGAAAUACAUGCCACAUGCUGUCCUUAAACUGAUGGAGAAUAUGCCCAUGCCAUGGGAACAGAUUCGGGAUGUCCAUGUGUUGUUUCACAUCACUGGUGCCAUUACCUUUGUGAACGAGAUACCCUGGGUCAUUGAACCUGUGUAUAUAGCACAGUGGGGAUCAAUGUGGAUCAUGAUGCGCCGAGAGAAGAGAGAUCGUCGUCACUUCAAAAGAAUGCGUUUCCCACCAUUUGAUGAUGAAGAGCCGCCACUGGACUAUGCAGACAACAUCCUUGAUGUAGAGCCCUUGGAAGCCAUCCAGAUGGAGCUGGACUCGGACGAAGAUAAACCAGUUAUGGAAUGGUUCUACGACCACAAACCACUAACAGAAUCAAAAAGUGUGAACGGCACUACCUACCGUCGCUGGGGACUUACCUUGCCUGUGAUGUCAGUACUGUACCGUCUGGCCAAUCAGCUUCUCACAGAUCUAGUCGAUGACAACUACUUCUACCUGUUUGAUCUCAAGUCCUUCUUCACCGCCAAGGCACUUAACAUGGCCAUUCCUGGAGGACCCAAGUUUGAACCCCUCGUUAAGGACAAGGAACUACAGGAUGAAGAUUGGAACGAGUUCAAUGACAUCAAUAAGAUAAUUAUUCGACAGCCUAUCAGGACAGAAUACCGCAUUGCUUUCCCAUACCUGUACAACAGUAUGCCAUACAAAGUACAUCUUUCAUGGUACCACACCCCAAAUGUUGUCUACAUCAAGACUGAGGAUCCUGAUCUGCCAGCGUUCUACUUUGAUCCUCUCAUCAAUCCCAUUUCUCACAGACACACUGUAAAGUCGGAGGUUCUUCCGGACGAUGAGGAGGAAUUUGAACUGCCAGACUAUGUCCAGCCGUUCAUGCAAGAGACCCCCCUAUACUCUGAUAACACAGCCAAUGGCAUUGCCCUGUUGUGGGCUCCUCGACCUUUCAACCUGAGGUCAGGUCGUACACGUCGUGCUAUGGACAUUCCUCUGGUCAAAGCUUGGUACAGAGAACACUGUCCGUCAGGCAUGCCUGUCAAGGUGCGAGUGUCGUAUCAAAAACUUCUCAAGUACUUUGUCUUGAAUGCCCUCAAACACAAGCCACCUAAGGCCCAGAAGAAGAGGUACCUGUUCCGGUCAUUCAAGGCGACCAAGUUUUUCGAAACAACCCAGCUGGACUGGGUGGAGGUAGGAUUACAAGUGUGUCGCCAAGGCUACAACAUGUUGAACCUCCUCAUCCAUCGCAAGAACCUCAACUAUCUUCAUCUUGACUACAACUUCAACCUGAAACCUGUCAAGACCCUCACUACCAAGGAAAGGAAGAAGUCCCGAUUUGGAAAUGCUUUCCAUCUGUGUCGUGAGAUUCUGCGUCUGACCAAACUGAUCGUGGACAGCCAUGUGCAGUAUCGCCUUGGAAACGUGGAUGCCUUCCAGCUUUCAGAUGGCCAGCAGUAUGUGUUUGCCCACGUAGGCCAGCUGACUGGUAUGUACAGAUACAAGUACAAACUGAUGAGACAAAUCCGGAUGUGUAAGGACAUCAAACAUGUCGUCUACUACAGGUUUAACACAGGACCAGUUGGUAAGGGUCCUGGCUGUGGUAUCUGGGCCCCAGGCUGGAGGGUGUGGCUGUUCUUCAUGCGUGGCAUCACACCCUUGUUGGAACGUUGGCUUGGCAACUUGCUGUCUCGUCAGUUUGAAGGACGACAUUCCAAGGGAGUGGCCAAGACCGUCACCAAACAGAGAGUUGAAAGUCACUUUGAUCUGGAACUCAGGGCAGCUGUGAUGCACGACAUCCUGGACAUGAUGCCCGAGGGGAUCAAACAGAACAAAGCAAGGACUAUCCUACAGCACCUGAGUGAGGCCUGGAGAUGCUGGAAGGCUAACAUCCCCUGGAAGGUGCCUGGCUUGCCAAUCCCCAUUGAGAACAUGAUUUUGCGGUAUGUGAAGGCCAAGGCAGACUGGUGGACAAACACUGCCCAUUACAACAGGGAACGAAUCAGGAGAGGUGCCACAGUGGACAAGACUGUGUGUAAGAAGAACCUGGGUCGCCUCACACGUCUGUACCUGAAGGCAGAACAGGAGAGGCAGCACAACUACCUGAAGGAUGGUCCCUACAUCACAGCUGAGGAAGCUGUCGCCAUCUACACCACAACUGUCCACUGGCUCGAGAGUCGACGAUUCUCUCCCAUCCCAUUCCCUCCUCUCUCUUACAAACACGACACCAAGCUUCUCAUUCUGGCAUUGGAGAGGCUGAAGGAAGCAUACAGUGUGAAGAGUCGACUAAACCAGUCACAGAGAGAAGAACUGGGACUUAUAGAACAGGCGUACGACAAUCCUCACGAGGCUCUGUCUCGUAUCAAACGUCACCUGCUCACACAGAGAGCCUUUAAGGAGGUGGGUAUUGAGUUUAUGGACCUAUACAGCCAUCUGAUCCCCGUGUAUGAUGUUGAGCCCCUGGAGAAGAUUACAGAUGCCUACCUAGACCAGUAUCUGUGGUACGAGGCUGACAAACGACGCCUGUUCCCACCCUGGAUAAAACCUGCGGACUCCGAGCCGCCUCCUCUCCUUACUUACAAGUGGUGUCAGGGCAUCAACAACUUACAGGAUGUGUGGGACACCAGUGAAGGGGAGUGUAAUGUCAUGAUGGAGUCUCACUACGAGAAGAUGUAUGAAAAGAUUGAUCUUACACUUCUCAACAGAUUGUUACGUCUCAUCGUCGAUCACAACAUCGCCGAUUACAUGACAGCUAAAAACAACGUCGUCAUAAAUUAUAAGGACAUGAACCAUACUAAUGCUUAUGGGAUAAUCCGAGGACUCCAGUUUGCUUCGUUUAUAGUACAGUACUAUGGCCUGGUACUAGACCUUUUAGUAUUGGGCCUACAUCGUGCCAGUGAGAUGGCUGGUCCACCACAGCUGCCUAACGACUUUCUCACCUUCCAGGAUGUGAAUACAGAGUCAGCCCAUCCCAUACGUCUGUACUCGCGUUACAUCGACCGCAUACAUAUAUUCUUCCGAUUUUCUGCGGAAGAGGCCAGAGACCUGAUCCAGCGAUAUCUUACAGAACAUCCUGAUCCUAACAAUGAAAACAUCGUGGGCUACAACAACAAAAAAUGCUGGCCUCGAGACUCCAGAAUGAGGCUCAUGAAGCACGAUGUCAACUUGGGACGUGCUGUCUUCUGGGACAUCAAGAACCGUUUGCCGAGAUCUGUGACAACCAUUCUGUGGGACAAUAGCUUCGUGUCGGUGUACAGCAAAGACAAUCCCAACCUACUAUUCAACAUGUCUGGGUUUGAGUGUCGUAUCCUGCCUAAGUGUCGUACCACACACGAGGAAUUCACACACAGGGACGGCGUCUGGAACCUUCAGAAUGAGGUAACCAAAGAGAGGACAGCUCAGUGUUUCCUGCGAGUGGACGAUGAGUCGAUGUCACGAUUCCACAACCGUGUACGUCAGAUCCUCAUGGCAUCGGGAUCGACAACAUUCACAAAGAUUGUCAACAAAUGGAACACCGCUCUUAUUGGUUUAAUGACAUAUUUCCGUGAGGCUGUUGUCAACACACAAGAACUAUUGGACCUUCUUGUCAAGUGUGAAAACAAAAUCCAGACCCGUAUUAAGAUCGGACUCAAUUCUAAAAUGCCCAGUCGUUUCCCUCCAGUGGUAUUUUACACCCCUAAAGAGUUGGGUGGACUCGGAAUGUUGUCAAUGGGCCACGUUCUUAUCCCACAGUCAGAUCUCCGGUGGUCAAAACAGACAGAUGUUGGUAUCACUCAUUUCCGGUCUGGUAUGAGUCACGAUGAAGAUCAGCUCAUUCCUAAUUUAUACAGAUAUGUGAUGCCCUGGGAGAGUGAGUUUAUUGACUCACAGCGAGUAUGGGCAGAGUACACGCUGAAGCGACAGGAGGCCAAUGCACAGAACAGACGUUUAACACUAGAGGACUUGGAAGACAGCUGGGACCGUGGAAUUCCCAGAAUCAACACAUUGUUCCAGAAAGACAGACACACACUUGCCUACGACAAGGGCUGGCGUGUUCGAACAGAGUUCAAAGCCUUCCAGGUACUGAAACAAAAUCCAUUCUGGUGGACACAUCAGCGACAUGACGGCAAGUUGUGGAACCUGAACAAUUACCGCACAGACAUGAUCCAGGCACUUGGUGGCGUGGAGGGAAUCCUGGAGCACACUCUCUUCAAGGGGACAUACUUCCCAACAUGGGAAGGUCUCUUCUGGGAGAAGGCCAGUGGAUUUGAAGAGUCUAUGAAGUACAAGAAAUUGACCAAUGCUCAGAGGUCUGGUCUCAACCAGAUCCCGAACCGUCGCUUCACACUGUGGUGGUCACCAACCAUCAACAGGGCCAAUGUAUAUGUAGGUUUCCAGGUACAGUUAGACCUGACAGGUAUCUUCAUGCACGGCAAAAUCCCGACCCUAAAGAUCUCGCUGAUCCAGAUCUUCCGUGCUCACUUGUGGCAGAAGAUCCAUGAGAGCGUUGUCAUGGAUCUUUGUCAGGUUUUUGACCAGGAGCUGGAUGCCCUGGAGAUAGAGACAGUACAGAAAGAGACGAUACAUCCACGGAAGUCGUACAAGAUGAACAGUUCGUGUGCUGAUAUCCUCCUGUUUGCUGCUUACAAGUGGAAUAUGUCCAAACCAUCACUCCUGGCAGACUCCAAAGAUGUGAUGGACAACACCACUACCCAGAAAUACUGGCUGGACAUACAGCUCCGUUGGGGCGACUACGACUCACAUGACAUAGAGCGCUACGCCCGAGCUAAGUUCCUCGACUACACCACAGACAACAUGAGUAUCUAUCCAUCUCCGACAGGUUUACUGGUCGGCAUCGAUCUGGCUUACAACCUGCACAGUGCAUACGGUAACUGGUUCCCUGGCUGUAAGCCUCUGAUCCAAUCAGCUAUGGCUAAGAUAAUGAAGGCCAACCCAGCUUUGUAUGUGCUGAGGGAGCGCAUCAGGAAGGGGCUGCAACUCUACUCCUCGGAGCCCACUGAGCCUUAUCUGUCCUCACAGAACUACGGCGAGCUCUUCUCCAAUCAGAUUAUCUGGUUUGUGGAUGACACCAAUGUCUACAGGGUCACCAUUCAUAAGACUUUUGAGGGAAAUCUUACAACCAAGCCCAUCAAUGGUGCCAUUUUCAUCUUCAAUCCUCGUACCGGUCAACUUUUCCUCAAGAUCAUUCACACCUCCGUGUGGGCAGGACAGAAACGUCUCGGACAGUUGGCCAAAUGGAAGACAGCUGAGGAAGUGGCAGCCUUGAUUCGUUCCCUCCCUGUGGAGGAACAGCCCAAACAGAUUAUUGUUACAAGGAAGGGUAUGCUCGACCCCCUCGAGGUGCAUCUCCUCGACUUCCCUAACAUCGUCAUCAAGGGUAGUGAACUCCAACUUCCCUUCCAGGCCUGUCUCAAAGUGGAGAAGUUUGGUGACCUUAUCCUGAAGGCUACAGAACCACAGAUGGUGUUGUUUAACCUGUACGAUGACUGGCUCAAGACGAUAUCAUCCUACACAGCAUUCUCUCGUCUCAUCUUGAUCCUCCGAGCAUUGCACGUCAACAAUGACCGGACAAAGAUCGUCCUAAAGCCUGACAAGACAACAAUCACAGAGCAGCAUCACAUCUGGCCCACGCUGUCGGACGAGGAGUGGAUGAAGAUCGAAAUGCAGCUUAAGGAUCUUAUCCUGGCCGACUAUGGCAAGAAAAACAACGUCAAUGUUGCAUCCCUUACACAGUCAGAAAUCCGUGACAUCAUUCUUGGUAUGGAGAUCUCGGCCCCGUCAGCACAGCGUCAACAAAUUGCAGAGAUUGAGAAACAAACCAAAGAACAAUCUCAGCUCACAGCAACAACGACGCGAACUGUUAACAAACACGGAGACGAAAUCAUCACCUCGACAACCAGUAACUACGAGACUUCUACCUUUGCAUCCAAGACAGAGUGGCGAGUCAGAGCCAUUUCCGCAACAAACUUGCAUCUGCGUACAAACCACAUCUACGUUUCGUCAGAUGACAUCAAAGAGACGGGUUACACAUACAUCUUACCAAAGAACGUGCUGAAAAAAUUCAUCAUUAUCUCGGAUCUUAGAGCUCAGAUUGCUGGCUACCUGUACGGAGUUAGCCCCCCUGACAACCCACAGGUGAAGGAGAUACGUUGUAUUGUGUUACCUCCACAGUGGGGAACUCACCAGACCGUCCAUCUACCUAACAUCCUCCCGGAGUCCGAGUACCUCAAGGAAAUGGAACCCCUGGGUUGGAUCCACACACAGCCUAACGAACUGCCACAGCUGUCCCCUCAGGACAUCACAACACACGCCAAGGUGAUGGCCGACAACCCUGCCUGGGAUGGGGAGAAGACGGUCAUCAUCACAUGUAGCUUCACGCCUGGCUCCUGUUCACUGACCGCUUACAAACUGACCCCCACAGGAUGUGAAUGGGGCCGUCAGAACACAGAUACAGGAAAUAACCCCAAGGGUUACCUCCCCUCCCACUACGAACGUGUACAGAUGUUAUUGUCCGAUAGAUUCCUGGGAUUCUUCAUGACACCAUCACAGAGCUCCUGGAAUUACAACUUUAUGGGUGUGCGUCAUGACCCCAACAUGAAGUAUGAACUACAGCUAUCAAACCCAAAGGAGUUCUACCACGAGGUUCAUCGUCCUUCCCACUUCCUCAAUUUCUCCUCCAUGGAAGAAGGAGAACUUGGCAGUUCAGACAGGGAGGAUCUGUACAUGUGAGGCUCCCAAGGGGAGUUAAGUUUGUGUGAUAACUUUACUUGUGAGGCCCACAAGGACAACAAUAGCAGAGAUCAUAGAAAUUAAUACAAACAAUAAACUUUUGCACCAAUGAACCAACCAAGAUUGAAAGUAGAAUUGAUGGAUUUUUGUCUAUGAAGGAACGAAAUAUUGUUAAAUAAGAAUUUUGAUUUCCAUUUAUUUAUAACAGACAUUUUUGUGUACAACAUAUCCAUUUUCAAGAUCUGAAACGUGAUUCAUUUAAGUGAAUACAACUUUUGGGAACUGGAUAAUGUAUAUUCUGUGAAUUUAAAGUUUCAAUUGUUUGGACAUCUCGUAUUCACAAGUGUGUUAGAUAUAUGAGUGUGAUGAAAGAAUUGUGUUUGUGUGAAUGAAUCGUGAGUGAAGUCAGUGCUAGAAUGAUCACUGUUAUAUAGUAGUUUGUCUUUAUGUUAAAAGUACGAAUGAAUGUUAAACUGUAAAUACUUAUUUUAGAUAUCAAUGUUUUCAUUAAAGCUAUCUUGCUUUCAGUCUGAAUUUCUAUCCUUUCCUGUGAGUGAUCAUGCUUUAGUCCGAUAUAUUACUGUCAUAAAGUAAUAUAUAUACGUUCAAUCCCUGUGAAACACAUACGACCCUUCAUUGAUUAAUCACAUAAAUUACCUAACUAGAUGUUAUUUGUGUGUUCUGGUACAAAUAUCAGGUAAAACCUCUUCUACUAAUACCUCUCUAAGUACAGUAAAUGGCUAAUUGUCACAGGAGAAGAGUGUCACGUCCACCUCAUAUUUCUAUAUAAAGAUGGUUUUAAAAACCAUUGAUAUGUAGCUCUACCAUGCUGACUUUGAUUAAAUCAUGUGAUUGGUAAAUUGGAACAAAAAUUUUGUUGCAAGAAUUAAGUUUUGUGUACAUCAAUAAAAUUGUGUAUUUGAAUUUAAUGUUCAAACAUGUCAUAUAAACAGGAUUGUAAAUAUCUCACAAUAUCACAUCAUUCAUUCAUAGAAUUGUAAAUAUGCCGAUCAGGUUCAUUAAAAGUGAAUCACAUCUGUA